UCACACGUUGAGACGCGCAUGGAAGUUCGUCACCGUCGCCGUCGGACCUGCUGGAUUUCUCGAGCUUCUGAUCGGUUCCAUUUUUGUUUGGGUUCAAAUUAAGACAGUCGGCGACUUGCCCUCGUAAUCACUUGUAGAUAAACAAACACAUCGAGGAUUUAGUCGCCUCUUUAGACGGACAACGGAAACAAUUCGGCAAAGCGAAAGUUGAGAGUCGAGAUGAGUGUGGAGGCGUACGGGCCGAGCUCCCAAACCCUCACCUUCCUGGACACCGAGGAAGCAGAGUUACUCGGAGCAGACACCCAGGGCUCCGAGUACGACUUCACCGACUUUACGCUUCCAAGCCAGACGCAAACUCAAGGCCACACACAGAGCCAGCUGGACAGUCAGGUUAAUGGUCCUGAUGAAGGUCUUUUAAAUGGUGGUCUGGAUGACUCUGUGUCCAAAGCCAGCCAGCUGUUGGCCGAGCUCAACUUUGAGGAAGAUGAAGAAGACACGUACUACACCAAAGACCUGCCUGUGCACGCGUGCAGCUACUGUGGGAUCCACGAUCCAGCAUGUGUUGUGUACUGCAACACCAGCAAGAAGUGGUUCUGUAAUGGACGUGGCAACACAUCUGGCAGUCACAUUGUGAACCAUUUGGUGAGAGCAAAAUGCAAAGAGGUGACGCUGCAUAAAGAUGGGCCACUGGGCGAGACAGUGCUGGAGUGUUACAACUGUGGCUGCCGCAACGUGUUCCUCCUGGGCUUCAUCCCAGCCAAGGCCGAUUCUGUGGUGGUGCUACUUUGCAGGCAGCCCUGUGCUAGCCAGAGCAGCUUGAAAGACAUCAAUUGGGACAGCUCACAGUGGCAACCACUGAUCCAGGAUCGCUGCUUUCUAUCCUGGCUGGUGAAGAUCCCUUCGGAGCAGGAGCAACUUCGGUCCCGUCAGAUUACUGCCCAGCAGAUCAACAAGCUGGAGGAGCUGUGGAAGGACAACCCAAGUGCCACCUUGGAAGACCUGGAGAAACCGGGAGUGGACGAGGAGCCCCAGCAUGUGCUGCUGCGCUAUGAGGACGCGUACCAGUAUCAAAAUAUCUUUGGCCCUCUGGUCAAACUUGAGGCUGACUAUGACAAGAAGCUAAAGGAGUCUCAGACCCAAGACAAUAUAACUGUCAGGUGGGACCUGGGUCUGAAUAAAAAGCGGAUUGCCUAUUUCACACUGCCCAAGACGGAUUCAGGUGAUAUGAGGCUCAUGCAGGGUGACGAGAUCUGCUUGCGGUACAAGGGAGACCUGGCCCCGCUGUGGAAAGGAAUCGGCCAUGUCAUCAAAGUUCCUGACAACUAUGGGGAUGAAAUUGCCAUUGAGUUGCGGAGCAGUGUUGGAGCGCCUGUUGAAAUCCCCCACAACUUCCAGGUGGACUUUGUGUGGAAGUCCACUUCCUUUGAUAGGAUGCAGAGCGCCCUCAAGACAUUUGCAGUGGAUGAGACAUCUGUGUCUGGAUACAUUUACCACAAACUGCUCGGACACGAGGUAGAGGAUGUCACCAUCAAGUGCCAGCUUCCAAAGCGCUUCACUGCCCAGGGCCUGCCAGACCUCAAUCACUCACAGGUGUACGCUGUGAAGACGGUGCUGCAGAGGCCUCUCAGUCUAAUCCAGGGUCCUCCAGGCACUGGGAAGACCGUCACCUCUGCCACUAUCGUAUACCACCUGUCCCGGCAAGGCAACGGACCAGUUCUGGUGUGUGCUCCCAGUAACAUUGCUGUGGAUCAGCUGACUGAGAAGAUUGACAAGACUGGACUGAAGGUUGUUAGGCUGUGUGCAAAGAGCAGGGAGGCCAUUGAGUCUCCAGUGUCCUUCCUGGCUCUGCACAACCAGAUCAGCAACAUGGACAGCAUGCCAGAGCUUCAGAAACUCCAGCAGCUGAAGGAUGAGACUGGUGAGCUGUCGUCUGCUGAUGAGAAACGCUACAGAGCUCUGAAACGUACAGCAGAGAGGGAGCUGCUCAUGAAUGCUGAUGUUAUCUGUUGUACCUGUGUCGGGGCUGGUGACCCACGUCUGGCCAAGAUGCAGUUCCGCUCAAUCCUGAUUGACGAGAGUACCCAGGCCACAGAGCCAGAGUGUAUGGUGCCUGUGGUGCUUGGAGCUAAGCAGCUCAUUCUGGUGGGCGAUCACUGUCAGCUGGGUCCAGUGGUGAUGUGUAAGAAGGCAGCCAAAGCAGGUCUUUCCCAGUCCCUGUUUGAACGCCUGGUGGUCCUGGGGAUCCGUCCGAUUCGCCUGCAGGUUCAGUACCGCAUGCACCCAGCACUCAGUGCCUUCCCAUCCAACAUCUUCUACGAGGGCUCCCUGCAGAACGGUGUAACUGCAGCUGACCGCAUCAAGAAAGGCUUUGACUUCCAGUGGCCGCAGCCAGAUAAGCCCAUGUUCUUCUAUGUCACUCAAGGCCAGGAGGAGAUUGCCAGCUCUGGAACAUCCUACCUUAACAGGACUGAGGCUGCCAACGUGGAGAAGAUCACCACCAGGCUGCUGAAGGCUGGAGCUAAACCUGACCAGAUCGGCAUCAUCACCCCGUACGAGGGUCAGCGCUCCUACCUGGUCCAGUACAUGCAGUUCAGCGGCUCCCUGCACACCAAACUCUAUCAGCAAGUGGAAAUUGCCAGCGUGGACGCUUUCCAGGGUAGGGAGAAGGAUUUCAUCAUCCUGUCCUGUGUCCGAGCUAACGAGCACCAGGGCAUCGGCUUCUUGAAUGACCCGCGUCGUCUCAACGUGGCGCUGACCAGAGCCAAGUAUGGUGUGAUCAUUGUGGGGAACCCCAAAGCCCUCUCCAAGCAGCCUUUGUGGAACAACCUGCUCAACAACUACAAAGAGCAGAAAGUCCUGGUGGAGGGACCCCUCAACAAUCUGAGGGAGAGCCUCAUGCAGUUCAGCAAGCCUCGCAAGCUGGUCAACACCAUCAACCCUGGGGGACGUUUUAUGAGCACUGCGAUGUACGACGCCCGUGAGGCCCUCAUCCCUGGCUCAGCCUACGACCGCAGCAAUACUGCCGGCCGGCCAUCCAACAUGUACUUUCAAACUCAUGACCAGAUUGGAAUGAUAGGGGCAGGCCCCGGUCACAUGGCCGCCAUGAAUAUUCCAAUACCCUUCAACCUGGUGAUGCCACCCAUGCCUCCUCCCAGUUACCUGGGUCAGACCAAUGGCCCUGCAACAGGUCGUGGAGCUAUGAAGGGUAAACCUGGGCGUGGAGGGCGGCAGAGGCUCCGAGGCCCGGGGAACCAGGGUGGCAGUCAUGGUAACGGACCAAACAGUCAGGCAAGCCAGGAUGGGGCCUCCCAGUCCUUCUCCCAGGGGCCGCUGACACAGGGCUACAUCUCCAUGAGCCAGCCCUCUCAGAUGAGCCAGCCUGGACUAUCCCAACCAGAGCUGUCCCAGGACAGCUACCUGGGCGAUGAGUUCAAGUCCCAAAUCGACGUGGCUUUGUCCCAGGACUCGACUUACCAGGGUGAACGUGCAUACCAACAUGGUGGGGUGACUGGACUGUCACAGUAUUAGAGUGUCACUUGAUGAUGGGAGCUAGGCUUGAGCUGAGCUUAGUUCAUCAGCUUUUUAAUCUGGGAAAUAAUAAAAACAUAAAAUGGAUACCUGUUUUCCUCUGCUACAACCGAAGCACCACCGAGUGAAAGCGACGGGAUAGCGAAACCAAACCAAUGACCAGCGAGUGAAAUAAGAGGGUAGAAGAAGAAGAGAGCACGAACGGACGGGCAAGAGAGGCCGAGAGAACAAGAGAGAGGCAGGGACAGCUGUCCGUGCAAAGUGAAGGAGGGAAGUCGAGAAAAUGGCAGCGAGUGGUCGGGCUGCUGAGGGAAACAGAGGGGGAGAUCUCAAGGGUCUCAUGGGAAUCCAAAGAGGCCCAACUCCCAACAAAAUAAUCCAGCCAACCCCUUCAACCCACAGCCUCCAGGGAAGGAAGCAAAGCUAUCUCAUGUUAAGAUGGACAUCAAAGCUUUCCAGCUGAAUCUGAAUAACCUUUUAUCCAGACUUGCAGGGGGCAUUAUUUCCGGAAGCCACUGAACAAGCGACACAAAAUCCCCAAGCUAAAAGCGUCAGCUACUCAACAUUUAUCGAUUAAAUUUGGUUUGUAAUGGGAGGAAAGUGGCAACAAAUAUCUUCUAAUGGGCCCCAAAAACCUCAGCAGCCUCUGAAGGGGGCAGCAGUCGACACCCUCCGGGAGAGGAAGUAAAAACACGGUUUCACGGCUUGAGACUGGGAUUAAAGAGCCUUGAAGUGAAAUACCUUCUGUUUGCCUCAAGAACCACUGGCUCAAUCACAACCUCUUACAUGGGGUGGUUUCAGCCACGUCAGUGGUGGAGCAGCACAGGGGAUUUCAGACUGUUUUCCAAGGCAUGACACGCGAAUCCCACUGAUUUCGCGAUCAUUGGACAGUUGUUUCUUCUCUGAAAUACCUUUCUUAUCACUGAGCACAAAAUUGCAAAAAAAGUAAUUGAAACUAUCAAACAUGACCAGCAUUGAAUAUUCAACUCAGUGUCACUUGAUGUUUCAGUGAAAGCUUUUCCUUAUUUUAAUCUUUGAAAGCAAGUGGUUGUUGAUGUCCCACAGUGCUUCAUGACCAGAUGUCUUUCUUUUUUUUUAACACUCUGUACGCUUAGAUUGGCAAAUGCUCAAAUGCUUUGCGUUGAUUGAUUCCUUAGGAGAGAUGUGGACUGUCAACACUCGUCACACAAAUCCCUGCUCGACAUGACAGAAGCCAAACAUCAUGAGCAAAGAAAGAUGACGUGUGAAAGAUGAAGUCGAGGCUUACAGCGGGUUGUGGCAAUCAAUCCACCACAGGUAAGGAGUGGAAAAGGAAGGUGGCUAACAGAGAAGAUAGCAUUUCCAGAUCUGGAAAACAUAUUCAAGUCUUUGCCAGAGUUAAAGCCUUAGAGGGAAACGUGGCGUUAAGACUGUUCUGUUUCAAAAAAAGGAUUGUGUUAACCAAGUGUCAAUUACACAGCAUUUUAUAAUACGCGAAUGAUGUUCCCACCCGAAAUCUAAAUGAUGGCCAUACUGCCCAGCCACAGUAUUCGAAAGAUGACAAAAAGAGGGUGACAAAAUAAAACUUUCACAAAGCAAACAUGUCGUAACAUGACCCUAUAAUUAAGAAAUGGACAUGAUCUGAAAAAUGUUUUGGUUGUUAUGUGAGUUCAGUUAUUCUGAAACCUUAACUAUCCCCCAGUUAUUAACAGCGGGGAAGCCAUCAGUAGUGUUUAGAUGAUGGCAAGCAGACUAAAGAAAAGUGAAGGAGAAACAUGACUCAGUGCCUAUAACCAAUCACCUUCAGACAAACAGCUGCAGCACAAGCAUGAAUGUAGUUAGAAUCAAACUACCAGCAUAAUAAACCUUCCACACCAGAGGGCUCAACAAACCCACAGACAAAAAAAACUUUGUUACUUUUUUUUUUUUUUUAAUUUUAAUCAGGCCUGGUCAUGAUGAGAUCACUGAGCUCAGCAUCAGGGUUGUUUCUCAAAGGAUGGGCGGAUAAAACAAAACAAAAAGCCACCUUCCUUCUCUGUGGAGUAAAAACGAACAGAGGCUGGUAGAAUUUAUUUUUCCUUCUGUGGACUUUUGAUUUGUGUAAAGCUGUUUAGCCUGCAUUAUGUAUUUCAUGUAGAGUUCUUCUGGGAUGUACUUGGAUCUAUAACCCUCUUCCAGGAGAACUUUGUGAACCUUGGCUGAUCUAAACAUGGCUUUUUUUUCUGACGAUUUGCUGCUUUGUGUCGUUUUUUUUUGUUUAGUUGGUUGGUUAUUUAGCCAUUUUGUGUAGAUUUCCUCAAAUCUGUUAUUGUAGCAUUUAGCUGCCUUCAGGAAUGAGGCAGAGGCUGUUUUCCUUUGUUAGUUUUGUGUCUUCUCCUUUUACUCUGAGGGAUUGUAGUUGAUUAACUCUUCCAGGGAACAUACUUUCUGAUCACAGUAAGAAUGUACUUCACUGUUGUUUAGCCUUCUCAUCUCAGCCGUCAUGUGACAAUCAUGUUACGAGUACAUGUUGCCAUGUUUAAUUGACUUAGAAGUAGUUGUUUUGUUGACGGUGUGCAAAAAUAUCACCCUGUUCCACCACUGAAAUCCUAACAUGUUAUAGCUUUAAAAACCUGCUGCCGUAAUAUUAUUGCUUUGGUGUUCUUUUUCCAUCUUCUGAGCCAUAAUGAAUUUGAUCAUUGAGAAAGUGAUUCAGCUGUAGAUUAGUUGUAAAACAUUUGGAUCCAGACUCUUGAUUCUCAUCAGGAGGCAAAAAUGUAAUCAAUGGACAAGAGAGCUCAGUAUGAUGUAAAUAAUUUGAAAUUGUCUUUUUUGCAGUGAAGUUUGAUCACAUGGUUGUUUCUUGUUAAACUGAAUCAAUAAAGGCUUUCAAUUUGA